AUGGCGUCCUCCGUCUUCUUCAAGUUCAAGUCGCAGAAGGAGCCGACACGGGUUGAGUUCGACGGCACCGGUAUUUCCGUCUUCGAAUUAAAGCGCGAUAUCAUCUUGAAGAGUGGUCUGGGCGAUGGCACUGAUUUCGACCUCGCCAUUUACUCCGAGGAUGGCAGUGAAGAAUACGAUGAUGAUACCACUAUUAUCCCCCGAUCGACGACGGUCGUCGCUCGUCGUCUCCCAGCCGCCAAACCCGGCGCAGGCCGCGGUGCUCGAUACGUCUCUGGGAAGAUGCCCGUCGCUGCAAAGAACUCGUCUCGCAAGGAGCAAACCACAAAGACAGCUACAGCCAAGGCGACAUCCAACGCCAUCAGCCAGAUGAACAGUGCCAUGACGGAAGAGGAGAAGAUGGCUGCUAUGUUCCAGGCGCAGACCGAAUCGUGGUCGGCUCAGCAGGAGGAGAUGUCACAUCACACCCCGGUGUUCAAACCAGGUUCCAAGAAACCAGCCAACGUGCCUGAUCAUGACCCGCCCAACGGUUACAUUUGUUACCGCUGCGGGGAGAAGGGACAUUGGAUCCAGCUGUGCCCAACAAAUGAUGAUCCGGAAUUUGACAACCGUCCGCGCGUGAAGCGCACGACUGGCAUUCCGAGAUCGUUCUUGCGGACGGUCGACAAGUCGGUCGCCCUUGCCCAGAGUGGCGAUGAUGAGACCAAGAGACCUUCAGGCAUUAUGGUCAAUGCUGAGGGAGAGUUUGUGAUCGCCGAGCCUGACAAGGCAUCGUGGGAACAGUUCCAGGCCAAGGCCAAGUCCUCAGCCUCCGCUGCCAAGGCAAUCGCUAUGGGAGACAAGGAGCUGCAGGAGAAGGGGCUCGAGUGCCCCAUCGACAAGAAGAUGUUCAUAGAACCAAUGAAGACCCCGUGCUGCCAGAAGACGUAUUGCAAUGAUUGCAUAACCAAUGCUCUCAUCGAAUCGGACUUCAUCUGCCCCAACUGCUCUACGGAAGGUGUCCUGAUCGACGAUCUGAAGGUUGAUGAGGAGGCUGCCGACAAGAUCAAGGCGUUCCUCAAAGAGAAGACGGAAGCAAAGAGCCCGGCCGCAGCCUCGCCGGCAGCAGCAACCUCGUCCCCGAAGGGCAAGACGGAGGAGGGCAAGACAGAAUCGGCGACCGGAACCGCAAAGUCGCCGACGCCUCAAAAAUCGCCCUCAGUCGUUGCCGCCGCUCCCACAUCUACUACAACAAACGAUGGUACACCGAAGUCGGCAUCGGCCACACCGGCGAACGCACCGACCGGCCCUGCCGAACGUGCCUCGUCCGUCGAAUCCAACUCAAAGAAGCGCCCAGCCGAUGAGCUGAUGGAGAACCCGAAGAUCCCCAAGGCCCCGAAGGCCAUGCAGAAGCAACAAGAACAGCAGGCUAUGAUGAAUGGCAUGAACGGUAUGAAUGGUAUGCCCAUGAACCCGAUGAUGGGCUUCGGUGGCAUGCCCAUGAUGAACGGAUUCAUGGGGAUGUCCGGCAUGCCUAACAUGCCCAACAUGCCGAACAUGGGUAACAUGAACAUGGGAAUGCCGAUGAUGGGUAUGAUGAACCCCAUGAUGGGCAUGCCGGGCUUCAACCCCAUGAACGGUGGCGGUUUCCCUGACAUGGGCAACAACAUGUACGGCAACAACAACUUCAACCCCAACAUGAACGGUGGCAUGAAUGGUGGCAUGAAUGGUGGCAUGAAUGGUGGUAUGCAUGGGGGCAUGAACGGGGGAAUGAAUGGUAUGAACGGCGGCAUGAACGGCGGCGGCAUGGGUGGCUACAACCAACAACGUCACAACUUCACGCAGCCGAGCAAUGAUGAAGACGCGUACUUCCGGAGACCCGUCAACCCUCAUCGCCAUCAGAACCGUCAGAAACGCGUUCGACCCAGCGAUUACCGGGAACUGUGA